UGUUAUUAUUGUCUGAAUGUUGGGCUUAAUAAUAAUAUAAAUUAGAUUAUACUGUAAAUUAUUGGCUAUUUUUGUGAGUCACAUUAUGGUUUAAAAUGCAUUAAUUUAAGGCUCACUUAUUAUUUGUUAUAUGUGCGUCAGUAUCACGUGCAUGGCUAUGCCUAUAUAUGGUAGGUUGAUAGGACACAGCUGGGGGUGAUAGACGGGGAAAUGGAAAAGUCUUUUGACCGUGUUCUUUUUGUUACUUUGGAAAAUGAUACACUUUUGAGUUACUAUGAAGCGAAGAAAUGUGUCCUCCUGUAUGCACCGUGUGGAUCAGUGAAUAAAGCUCAUCUGAUUCAACUACGAUCUCCGCUGAAUUGUUUGGAAACAAAGAGAGGCGCGUCAAAACCCACAACCCCGAUAGAGGUGGCUAUUAAAUGGUAGACAAGGAUUAAAACGCCACCACAAUAGUCAAAAGACUCCGUAAACUGUGGAUAAAGACUUCGAAGGACAAGCACAGGAUUCGUGUGGAUUCCAGCUCUGCUUUGGAAACAGCGAACGGACGUUCUAAAGUGCCGAGGAGGAGGCCGUGAGUAAACCACGCCGGCCCGGAACUUAUGAAUGAGACGCUGUUUACAACGGGAUCGCUUCGUCAAACAAUGCAAGUACUGAUGUGUGCAUAGUUACGGAUGUUUGACAAAACGAAACGGGAAAUCCAUCCAGUGAUAUCCUGAUGCUUACUGAAGAUAAUCCGCAAUUGCUGUUGGAAUGCUUAAACAAUGAAAUGCAUUAACGAACUAUCACGCAGCCAGGAAGCGGACGUUAAAGGAAUAUUUGGCACAAAAACAGGACUCGCGAAGAGCUGUUCUUGGAAAUAUUAAUGACUUUAUUUCAUGUGGAUUAAGUGAAGAAAAAAUUAAAUAAACCAUGGAUCCUGAUAUACCUCCAGCUGAUGUUGCCGCGGCAGAGGAGAGAUAUAAAACUCUCAGCCAAUCGCGAAGAGGAAAACUUGGAGCAUGCACCCGCAGAAUGAAUGAAAUUAACCCAUUACUGGUGCGAGGUGGAGAUGUGGAAAAGGUGGAUGAAGCUGUUGCAACGUUCAAGAUGUUACUCAAUGAAUUUAUGGAAUGUCAUGGAAUUGUUCAAAUGCUUUUAUCUGAGGAAAUAAGGGAAACUGAGAGAAUAGAUUGGUAUGAACCAAAAAUGUCUGCAUUCACGAAUUUCCUUAAGGAUGUGGAAACGUGGAAAAGCUCUCAAAUGGAUCCUCAGAUACUGAUUGAACCCCAUGACAGUGUUUCCAAUGCAUCAACCAGGAGGAGCUCAAAAGCAGGAUCAGCAACUUCUUCUGCUUCUUCAAUCCACCUCAAAAUGGCCACAGAAAGAGCUGCCCUCCUUGCCCGGGCAGCAGGAUUAAAGGAAAAGCAUGCACUUGAAAUGGAAAAGGCUCAACUGCAAGCUAGAUCCGAACGGAUAGAAAUGGAAGUCAGCCUAGCUGAAUCUGAUGCAAAAAUGAAAGUCCUGGAGCACUUUGAGACUGGUUCACAAAAUCCAACACAAGGAAAAUAUGAUGGCAUGAAUGACUAUUUAAAGGACUACAGAUUAAAAACACAUAUGUCAAUGGAUGCAGAGCCGUCUCCAAUUUCCUUUGCUGAGUUCGGAUCCAUUCCCAAGACACCACUUCAAAGGCUUAUACACCAACAACCAAGACCACCAGAAAAUAUUGAUAAUGCAAAUCAAAGCUCUCAACAAACAGCUAGAGAUGCAGGAAUUACAGGGACAAAUACUAAUGACAAUUUCCUGACUGUGAUGCAAAGACAAAAUGACAUUGUUAAUUUACUUGUACUUCAACAAAAACAAGCAUCACUGCCCACUAGGGAAAUCCCAGUCUUUGAUGGCAAUCCCCUGAAUUAUCAAAUAUUUGUGAGGGCAUUUCAACAUAGCAUUGAGGAGAAAACCACCAGUAACCAGGAUCGAUUAUAUUACCUGGAACAAUAUACUUCGGGAUCCUGCAGGGAACUGGUGAGAAGCUGCCUUCACAUGGAUGCUAAUAGUGGCUUUGCUGAAGCUAAGAGACUGCUAAAAGUGCAUUUUGGAGAUGAGCUCAAGAUAGCAAGCGCAUAUAUGGGAAAAGCUCUCAACUGGAACACUAUAAAGGCAGAGGAUGGAAAGUCACUGCACUGUUAUGCACUUUUUCUGAGAGGCUGCUGUAAUGCAAUGAGGGAUCUGCAGAACAUGGAGGAGCUGGACCUGCCAUCCAACCUACGGCUCAUUCUUUCAAAGCUACCUUACAAACUAAGGGAGAAGUGGAGAACAGCAGCUUGUGAUAUUCUGGAGCGGAGCCAUGAAAGAGCAAGAUUACCUGACCUUGUUGUAUUUAUUGAAAGACAAGCUAGAAUACUUCAAGACCCUCUCUUUGGUGACAUUCCCGAUCAACUUAACAGUACAAAGGCGGCUUUCAAGACCAAGACUCUUGUUGAUCCAUAUCGAAAUAAGAGCAAAGGGAGCAGUUUUGCAACCACAGUGGCUAUAGUGUCAGACAGGCGUGCAGAGAAACUCAAAGAAGACAAAUAUCCUGUUAAAAGCUACAUUUCCUCCACUAACAAUGACACCUCAUGUACUUUUUGUACAAGUAAACAUCCUUUAGCUGAAUGCCAUAAAAUACAUUCAGUAUCUCAUGAAGCUAAAAUUGAGUUUCUGAAAGAGAAGGGACUAUGCUUUGGCUGCCUGAAGGUGGGGCACUUGAGCAGGAACUGUAACAGGAGAAUGACCUGUCAAAUCUGUCAUGCUAAGCACCCAACUAUUCUGCACAUUAAAAGAUCUUCAAAGCCUGAAACUGAGAACUUUAAACAUGGUAAGGCAGAGCAGCAGAGUGGGGGAGCAAGGCCUGAUGAGACAUCCAUCAGCAGUGCUCUUGUUUCAGUAGGAGAAGGUGAAGGAAUCGGGGCUGGUAAAGACAGCAUACUUGCCAUAGUGCCAGUGAAGGUGAAACUCUGCCAUGGAAAUAAAAGCAUACUGACCUAUGCAUUCCUGGACCCUGGUAGUACCGACACAUUUUGCACAGAAGGGCUCAUGAGGCGGCUUGGUGCUAGAGGACGGAGAACUGAAGUCCUUCUUCAAACGAUGGGAACAGAGAAAACAGUCAGGAGUUUUGAGGUAACAGGUCUAGAAGUGGGACAUAUGGAAGAUGGCACAUAUAUAAACUUGCCCAAGGUUUACACUCAGAACAAAAUCCCUGUUACCAAAAGAAACAUUCUCACCCAGGCGGACCUCAAGAAAUGGCCUUAUCUGCAGGACAUCCAAAUAAAAGAAAUAGAUGCUGACGUGGGACUUCUUAUUGGAGUAAAUACUCCAAAGGCUAUGGAACCAUGGAGAGUUAUAAAUAGCCAAGGAAAUGGCCCAUAUGCAGUGAAAACACUGUUAGGAUGGGUCGUUAAUGGUCCACUUAAUGCUUCCACAGAUCUGGAUGAUGAAACCCCUGUGGCAUUAGUGAACAGGAUCUCAAUUGUUCACCUUGAGAAGCUAAUUGAAAGACAAUAUAUUAACGACUUUCCAGAGAAAGAGUAUGAAGAGGAAAGACAAAUGUCAGCUGAUGACCGAAAGUUCAUGCAGAUUGUAUCAAGCUCGGUUUCUCUUAAAGAUGGCCACUACAAUUUACCUCUUCCUCUAGAUAAUCCAAACAUUAUCAUGCCAAACAACCGCCAAAUGGCAGAGCAACGAGCAAUGGCACUAAAAAGGAAAUUCCAGAAGGAUCAGACCUAUGCAGCUGAGUAUAAAGGCUUUAUGAGUGACAUUAUCAAAAAAGGAUAUGCAGAGAAAGUACCAUCGGACGAUCUACAUGUGGAAAACGGCAAAGUGUGGUAUAUACCCCAUCAUGGUGUCUAUCAUAAACGUAAAAAAACGAUCCGUGUGGUCUUUGAUUGUGCAUCAUCCUAUAAAGGCAAAUCCCUCAACAGUGUACUCCUUCAGGGCCCUGACUUGGCAAACUCAUUGAUUGGUGUUCUACUCAGGUUCCGUCAAGAGCCCAUCGCCAUUAUGGCAGAUAUUGAGGGGAUGUUUCACCAAGUGCGUGUAAACGAGGAGAACAUAAACUUGCUGAGAUUCCUGUGGUGGCCUGAAGGAGAAACCAGCACAAAUCUGGAGGAAUACCGGAUGAGGGUCCAUCUCUUCGGAGCUGUUUCCUCUCCAAGCUGCGCAAACUUUGCAUUGCGAAGAACAGCUGAGGACAACUGUGGCAAAUUUGAUGGAGAAGUGGCAGAAACAAUCAAAUCAAAUUUCUAUGUGGAUGAUUGCCUCAAGUCGCUAGCAAGAGAAAAUCAAGCUAUAAGCCUUAUUAGGUCUCUCAGAGAAAUGUGUUCCCUUGGUGGAUUCAAACUGACGAAAUGGAUAAGUAAUAGUCGAGUGGUGCUAGAAUCCAUCCCUGAUGAAGACAAGGCUAAACAGGUGAAAAACUUGGAUCUGGACAGGGAUAAGCUGCCACAUGAAAGAGCACUAGGGAUGUACUGGGACAUUGAAAAUGAUAUAUUCAGUUUCCGUGUGACUGUGAACAACAAAACCCUUACAAGAAGGAGUAUACUUUCCACUGUCAGCUCUGUGUACGAUCCUCUUGGUCUUCUCGCCCCUUUCAUAUUGAAGGCAAAGCAAAUACUUCGAUUACUCUGUAAAGCCCAAUAUGGAUGGGAUGAAGAAAUUCAGGUGGAACUCUCAAAACCAUGGCAGAAAUGGCUCAAGGAUUUAGACCAGCUGGCAAGAUUCCAAAUUGACAGGUGUGUAAAACCCAAGAACUUUGGAAGAGUGAAAACUGCACAGCUACACACCUUUUGUGAUGCAAGUGAAGAAGGAUACGGUACCGCAAGUUACCUGAGAUUCACCAAUGACAUGGAGGAGGUACACGUAGCCUUUGUGAUGGGAAAAUCAAGAGUUACCCCACUAAAAGUCAUGACAAUUCCAAGGUUGGAACUCACUGCUGCUACAUUGGCUGCACGAAUGGACAAAAUGCUCCGAUCAGAGCUACAAGGAGAGCUUUUAGAAUCAGUAUUGUGGACUGACAGCCAGUCAGUACUGAAAUAUAUUCGAAACAGGACUAAGAGGUUCCACACUUUCGUGGCAAACCGGAUUGCUGUUAUUCAUAACCUCACAAAAGUGAACCAGUGGCGGUUUGUAGACACCAAAAACAACCCCGCUGAUGACGCUUCAAGAGAACUGAGCAUUGAAUCCUUUUACAGUUCAAAAGGAUGGCUUCACGGUCCAGAAUUCUUGAAGAAAUCUGAAGCACAGUGGCCAAGUAUUCCAAAAGAACUUGGUUCUCUCCUUCCAGAUGACCCUGAAGUACGCAAAGAAGCGAUUGUCACCAGCAUUGUCACAUGUAAGAUGGAAAAAACUCCAACAAGUAAGCUCUUGGACUAUUAUUCUUCAUGGAAUGACCUAAAAAGAGCUGUUGCAUGGAUAAUGAAAUUAAAGACAAUCCUCCUGCAGAUGAGAGAAAAAAGAAAAGAUGACUCCACUGAUCUUGGAGCAAGGCAGGAUAAAGGAAAGGGACUGAAGGAUCAGAUGCUUCUGCUCAAUAUGCCUACAGCUAAUGCACUAAGACUUUCAGUAGAGGACACAGAAAAUGCUGAAAAAGCCAUUAUUUGCCACGAGCAGAGACAGCAUUUCAAAGAGGAAAUUGCCUUGCUGGAAAAAGGAAAACAGUGCAAUAGAGGAAGCUCCCUAUACAAGCUGGACCCUAUCAUUGAUGCCGGGCUUCUGAGAGUUGGAGGAAGAACUAGAAAGAUGGCUAUGCCAACUGAGGUCAAACAUCCAAUGAUUCUACCGAAACAUUCUAAUAUCUCCAAGUUGAUAUUAAGCCACAUCCAUAAUCAAGUUGGUCACUCAGGAAGAGGUCACAUGCUCUCCAAACUCCAUCGACGUUACUGGCUAUCCGCUGCUAACUCUUCAGCAAGGAGGAUCAUAAAGAACUGUGUGUUUUGCAGACGCCUACAGGCUAGAGCUGGAGAGCAGAAAAUGGCCGAUCUCCCACUUGAUCGAAUAACACCUGAUCUUCCACCUUUCACUCAUGUAGGCAUAGACUAUUUUGGACCCAUCGAGGUGAAACGUGGCCGAGCUCAUGUCAAAAGAUGGGGAGUAAUCUUUACCUGCCUGGUAAGCCGUGCUGUCCACCUGGAAGUUGCCAGUCAUUUGGAUACAGCUGCAUGCAUAAACGCUCUUCGUCGAUUCAUCUGUCGUCGUGGCACAAUAAAGAGCAUCAGAACAGAUCGAGGCACCAACUUCAUCGGCACACAAAAGGAACUGGAGGAGUCUGUAAAACAACUGGAUAACAACAAAAUCAAGCAAACACUACUCAAAGAAGGAAUUGAUUGGACAUUCAAUCCCCCCUCCGGAGCUCACCAUGGCGGAGUGUGGGAAAGGCUAAUACGACUGGUUAAAAAGAUCCUCCAUUCUGUCCUGAAGGAACAAACAUUGGAUGAUGAUGCUCUGCACACCGCCUUGUGUGAGGUUGAGGCAAUAAUGAACGAUAGGCCAAUCACAACAGUGACAAACGACCCAAACGACCUUGAACCCCUCACACCUAAUCACCUACUUCAGUUAAGAACAAAUCCAAUCUUGCCCCCCGGACUCUUUCAGAGAGAGGAUCUGUACUCACAGAGAAGAUGGAAACAGGUGCAGUACCUUGCUGACCUGUUUUGGAAGCGCUGGACCAGGGAAUAUCUUCCUUUGAUGCAAGAACGGCACAAAUGGAAUACUAUCAAAAGAAACUUCACCCCCGGAGACCUGGUCGUCAUCAUUGAUGAGAACGCACCGAGGAACACUUGGCUCCUGGGACGCGUAGUUAAGACCCUUCCUGGUUCAAAAGGACUUGUUAGGAGUGUCCUGGUUAAAACCAAGACAAGUACGAUCGAAAGACCCAUAACUAAGUUAUGUCUGCUCCUGGAGGCGACAGACUGAGCCUACUAAGCCUUAGCCUUUCAGUCACGUGCACCUCUGACUGUUAGACCAAAGGACUAGACUCUUGGUCUCCUACCCCCUCCCCAUCAAAGGCUGCCUUUUGAACGCAGACCAUUACAGACAAUUAGUACUAGACCUACACACUCCAGUACUAGUCUUACAUGGACUUGAAAGUAUACAAUAUACAUGGACUUGAAAGUAUACAAUAUACAUGGACUUGAAAGUAUACAAUAUACUAUGGACUUAAGUAUACAAAUAUGCUACGGAUGGACGUUAUGUUUUGUUAAAAUGACUCUGUUGAUGUACUAUUAUUGGUAAUUGCUAUGUAAUAAGCAAUUAGGGGCUGGUAUGUUAGAGCCAUUUUACCUUUUGUUAUUAUUGUCUGAAUGUUGGGCUUAAUAAUAAUAUAAAUUAGAUUAUACUGUAAAUUAUUGGCUAUUUUUGUGAGUCACAUCAUGGUUUAAAAUGCAUUAAUUUAAGGCUCACUUAUUAUUUGUUAUAUGUGCGUCAGUAUCACGUGCAUGGCUAUGCCUAUAUAUGGUAGGUUGAUAGGACACAGCUGGGGGUGAUAGACGGGGAAAUGGAAAAGUCUUUUGACCGUGUUCUUUUUGUUACUUUGGAAAAUGAUACACUUUUGAGUUACUAUGAAGCGAAGAAAUGUGUCCUCCUGUAUGCACCGUGUGGAUCAGUGAAUAAAGCUCAUCUGAUUCAA